GAAUCAACUUUUCUUCUUUUCCAAUCUCAUCUCUUUCUCUCAAUAACAAAAUUAACAUAAUUUGCAGAGAAAAGAAAAACGACAACAGCAAACAUGGGAUGCUUCAGUUUUUACACCUCCAAAACCCCAUCAUCCACCAUGAAAGGAGCUCCUUCUGAAAACGGUUACAACCCAGAAAUACCCAACAACAUCAAACACGAAGUCCUACUUCAAAUCCCAGUAUGCAGAGUUCACUUGGUGGAAGCAGGGGAAGCUCUGGAGCUCGCCAAUGGCGACUUCAAGUUCACCAGAAUCUCAGACGAAGGCGUCUCUCUUGCCAUCAUAAUAAGUGUUGGAAACGACCUAACUUGGCCUUUGACUAAAGACGAGCCCGUCGUCAAGCUCGAUUCUCUCAACUAUCUUUUCUCCUUGCCCAUGACUGAUGUUGAACCUCCUCUAAGCUACGGCGUGUCGUUUCCUGACCAGCACCGCGGCUCUCUGGCAACUCUGGAUUCUUUGUUGAAGCAGAAUUCGUGCUUUUCAGACUCAACCACGGCUCAACCUCAAAGUAAAGGUGUUGACUGGAAAGAGUUUGCUCCCAGAGUUGAAAACUACAACAACUUUUUGGCUAAAGCAAUUGCAGGAGGGACUGGUCAUAUUGUGAAAGGGAUUUUUAUGUUGACCGAUGCUUAUGCCAAUCAGGUACUAAAGGGAGGGGAAAUGAUGCAAGCUUAUAAUGGGGUUGAGGUGAAAAGCUCUGCCACAAAGAAAGAAAGAGACAACAUCAACAAUAGUGGCUUGAAACGCGUGAAAAAGAUGUCAAAGAUGACAGACCAGUUAAGCAAAACAAUGCUCGAUGGAGUUGGUAUAGCCACGGGAGCGGUGAUGGCACCCAUGUUCAAAUCUCAAGCAGGGGAAAAACUCUUUGCCACGGGUCCGGGACAGGUCCUUCUGGCUUCACUUGAUGCAGUUAAUAAGGUGUUAGAUGCAGUUGAAGUAGCAGAAAAGCAAGCUCUUUCGGCCACUUCCAGUGCUGCGACAAGAGAGGUCAAGAAGAGGUACGGAGAUGAGGCAGGGGAAACUACUGCGGAUGCUUUUGCAACUGUUGGUCAUAUAGGAAAUACUGCCUGGAAUAUCUUCAAAAUAAGAAAAGCCCUUAAUCCAGCUUCAUCUGUCUCCACUGGAGUGUUGAAGAAUGCUGCAAAAAAUAAGACCAACAAUUAGUGGUAGCUAAACUAGGAUUUAAUUAGUAAGACUCACUUAAAUUGAGCAUAAAUUUAUUUUCGAUUGUGAAGUGAAUAUUGUUCCAAGUGAACCUUGUGUAAAGGAGAAAUACAAUAUUUAGAGGUAUGGUUUUAUAUUUCAGUACAUGUUUACAUAAGACCCUAAAUUUAUAAAGAAAUAAAAAAAUCCAUAGUAAUAUAUAGUGUUUA